AUGAAUUUUCCUUCGUUUAUCAACAACCCAAAUUACACUUCCCUUCCAACAUGGAGAUAUUCAGACAUCAUGCAAGAGCUCAGCUCAGUGUACUGAAUCGAUGGAAUCACAGAGGGACUUCUUGGACCUCAAUAUUGCUGAUUUAACUCUUGUCAACAAGAUUUGUUACCUGUGGCAUCUGUCAAAUCUCCCAUGGACCAACAAAGCCUGAUGCCUCUGGCUAAUAAAAUUGACUUCGCAUCGAAGGCAUCUGCCUUUAAACGAGUUCAGAAGAAAUCCCAGAAAAGUCUAUCAGAAAGGGAAACUUUGUCUGAAGAAAGUGAAGAAUACAGAGUCAAAGAUUACCAAGAGAAAGAACCUACCAAACACAAAGGGUUUGAUAUUAGUGACAAGCUAAUAGCUUUGAAGACUAGUCUCUUGGAACAAAGCAUAAAUGGGUUUACUUCUUCACAAAAGAAAGCUAAGAGCGCGAAUAAGAAGUAUCUUAAGCGGAGAUCUAAGUACAUCGGUGUCUCUAGGAACAACGCUAAUUGGCAAGCACUCAUUAAUGUGAAUAAAUCUAAGAAGUACAUUGGAACGUUUGCAGAUGAGCUUGAAGCAGCCAGAGCUUAUGAUUUGUAUUCAGUAGCAAUAAGAGGGAAAGAAGCUUCUCUAAACUUCGACUACAGUGCUGAAGAGAUAUUGGAAAGAAUCGAGUAUUUUCUUAAGCACAAAUGUGUAAAAUGUUAA